AUGAGUUAUCAUUCUAGCCAUAUUCGACCCGAGGAGGAAAUGUUUGUUGACAAGGGUAUACAAAAUGCAAGAUUACGAAAAAAAAAUAAAAUGCUUGUAGUUACCCUGGCCAUAGUUUUAAGUAUGUUUGGUUUUACUGUCGUAUAUUUUAAUAAAACAAAUAAACCAUCAUUUAAUAAUUUAAAUGCCCAAAAUUAUUCGAAUGAUGACGAUUUAAUAAAUUACUUAUUAAAAAGUAAAGCAGUAAAGAAAUUUAUGGGAUCUAAAAUUGAAGAACUUAUACUAGAAAGUGAAAAGAAUGCAAAAAAUGGCGUUAUAGUUAAAAAUGUUAAUGAUGAACAUAAUAACUAUAACGAAAAAACUCCAUUAUUUAAGAAAAAUAAUGACAACAAAAAAUUCUCAACAAAUUUAUUUGAUAUGCAAUUUAUUAUGAGCAAUUUAGAAGCUGUGAACAUUUUUUAUAAUUUCAUGAAAAAAUAUAACAAACAAUAUAAUUCAGCUGAAGAAAUGCAAGAAAGAUUUUAUAUCUUUUCUGAAAAAUUAAAGAAAAUUGAAAAACAUAAUAAAGAAAACAAAUAUAUGUAUAAAAAAGCUAUUAAUUCAUUUAGUGACUUGCACCCAGAAGAAUUUAAAAUGAGAUUUUUAAAUAGUAAAAUAAAAGAUGACUCUGCUAUUGAUCUUCGCUAUUUAGUUCCUUAUUCUGCUGCACUUGGCAAGUAUAAGUCUCCAACCGAUAAAGUUAACUAUAGAAGUUUUGAUUGGAGAGAUAAGGAUGUUAUUAUAGAUGUUAAAGAUCAAAAAAAAUGCGCUUCAUGUUGGGCAUUUUCUGUUGCUGGUGUUGUCUCAGCCCAAUACGCUAUUAGACAAAAUAAAAAAAUUUCUUUAAGUGAACAACAAUUGGUUGAUUGUGCACCAAAUAAUUUUGGAUGUGAGGGAGGUAUCAUUCCAUAUGCUCUUGAAGAUCUUAUAGAUAUGGGAGGUUUAUGUGAAGAUAAAUAUUAUCCAUAUGUAGCUAAUAUUCCUGAAUUAUGCGAAAUUAAUAAAUGCAAAGAAAAAUACUCAAUUGUAGAAUAUGCAUUAGUACCAUAUGAUAAUUAUAAAGAAGCUAUUCAAUAUUUAGGUCCAAUCACAAUAGCUGUAGGUGUAAGUGAAGAUUUCGAAGAUUACGAAAGCGGUAUAUUCGAUGGAGAAUGCGAAGGUGUUGCAAACCACGCAGUUAUACUUGUUGGAUAUGGUGUUGAAAGCGUAUUUGAUGAAGUUCUUAAAAGAAACGUUGAUCAAUAUUAUUAUAUAAUUAGAAACUCAUGGGGUAGUGCAUGGGGAGAAGAUGGUUACAUAAGACUAAAGACUAACGAAUCAGGAACACUCAGAAAUUGUGUAUUAUUACAAGCUUUUGCUCCUGUAAUUGAAUAA